CUGUUGCACACGUAGCUUCUCGUACCGGUGUCAGCCUUGACGGGCGCCAGCCGACCUGGACACGUAAUUUUUUCGCCUGCGUCCACACGUGGAGUGCGCGACACCAUCGAGGUGUAGCAUCCUCGACGUCGGAUGAACGAACGGGGCUAAGUGACGUCGAUAUGUGAUCCGUGAUCGAGUGUCGGAGUGAUCAGCGGAGCACCAUGUCGACCACGGACGUGUUUCGCAUGGCGCAGCAGGGACCCACCGAAGAGGAGCAAGGGAGACUGAAGGCUGAUCUACAAUACCUAAGAAGGAAGGGACUUCUGAAGGCGUCCGGUGAUCUAUCGUACCAAGGACGUAAAUGUGCCAGAUGCGGUGCACCGUUUGGUAGAUUUUACAACACCGGGGCUCCGUGUACACGCUGCAGGCACCGAGUUUGCAGACAGUGCCGUAUCGAGGUCAGGAGCCCUACCGAUAACAAAGACGUCGAAUGGAUUUGUAACAUUUGCUACAAAAUUGCGGAGCUACACAUCGUCACGGGAAAAUGGCCGUACGAGAACGCACCGUCGAAGAGAUCCAUCAGCGGGAAGUCAUCGUUUCCUGUCGAAAUCUUGAAGCAUAGCAUCCGACGAGCUUGGACCAUCAACAGUCCACCCACACGUUGGUCAGCAGCGAGGAAGUCCCCGGAGCUGCGAAUAUAUCGAAGUCUGCCUUCUCGUCACCAGGACUACCGGGACGUCGUGAACAAGAACGAAAUCGUAAAAUCCAUCGACAGCGAGCCAGUCGAAACGAUCGAAGCGGAAGAUUGCAAUGGCGUAACGCGAAACGAGACGUCCGAAAGAUCCGCGUCGCGAGACGAACGAACGAACUCGAAACGAAUAGAAAAAUCCAAUAAACAAGAAGAGGAAGUGCCAUCGGCCGAUGCGAAAUCGAAGAAGAACCGGACAGGUAAAACGAAGAACGAAGAAGAGGAGACUCACCAGGAGCAGAGUACACCGAGAAUCUCGUUGUUGAAGCCUCCUAGGAUACUGACCAAACUUAUUUCGCCGGAAGUUAAGAAUUUGAAACAUGGAGAACGGAAGUCCAAUAUUCCGAUAUUUAGGAGGAGCUCCAAGGAGUUUGAGGAUAUUAGAAGCCCGCAGGAGUCGCCGAAACGUUCUCUCAUCCCGCAAAGAUACCGAGGAAGCACCGACGACCUGCGGCGCAGUCGCGAGGACAUAAGCGUACCGAGCCUGAUCCCGAAGCUGCUGUCUCCGCGCGCCAAGGAGGAUCGUCUGAAGCGGCAGGACAGCAAGGACGACGUGCGCUGCGCGGGCAAAUCGCGAAAGGAGGAUACGAAGCCAAAGGAGGAAUCGAGGCUGGGCAAUCGACUGUUCCGCAGGGACAACAGCCGCGAGGACGUGGGUAGGGACAGCGGGAAUUCAAAUGCGAACGUCGCUGCAAAAGGAAAGCAAACCGGCAAAGAGGAGAAGCAAGACAGGCCCGAAGAACGCGUGGGCGUCUCUGCCACGUCGAAAUCGAAGCUGCACGAACAGAGCCGGACAAGAGUGGCCGCCAGAGAGAACCCGAGGAUCGCGGAUACGCACGUGGAGGAUGACCGAGUGAGGGACGAGGACAACGAAGACACGAUGCUCGACGUCGUACUCGCUGAUGAGAUACUGCUGAAGGAGGAGACCGUCAGGAAAACGGAUAAGCAGGAGCGCGACGGAUUCCCGGAUACCGACGUUCAAGAGAAGAGAGGAGAUUCUAUGAAGGACACUUCGGAGGGAUUUGUCGAGGACGAUGUCGCUGCCUUCAGGGCGCUGGAACGGAAGGAAGCCACGCAUGGAAAGAAGACAGACGAUUUUCAAGUGGUACGUCGAAAAUUUUCCAAGGAGGAGUUCUCCAAUCCAGACGAUACCGACGACGCCCACAAUAAACGUUGCUCCAGCCACUUGUCCCCAGAAGCGAGUCCGUUAAGUACGAGAUCAUCGAGGUACAGUCCGAGGGAGAGCGAGAGCGAGCCAACACCGGCACUGCCCAGGAAAACCGACUCCUCUUCAGCUUCCCAGAGAAUACGAGAGGCCAUCACGAGAAGUAGAAGAGAGUCGAAUAGCAGCACCAGAUACGAGAGCAGCGGCAGCGAAAGCAUCAGGCUAAGCGAGACGGGUUUGCACGGAUACGCGGAGGUGGCCCGGAAAGUGAAAUUAUUCGACGGCGGCGGAAGCGGUGCUGUUCCGUCGGCCAUCGGAAGUGACGAAGUAGUGCAACGUGAUAGUGCAACAAGUGCAGGGGAAGACGAGUCCCACGAUGAUAAUCAUGGGAGAACAGGUCCCGUUUCUUCUCAAGGAAGAAGCAUAUUUCGGAGGAGAAGACAAUUUGAUGCGCAAGGUUCUCGUCGAAGAGGUCGAUCGCACGCGAGGACGUGUUGCUCGGAAGAACUGCAAGGCUUCCAGACUGUGCACGUGAUAGGCCGUGACGGAAGACAGCUGAGCCCGACCGGAAACCAGGCUCAAGAUCAGCCGCUGGUGGACUACAGGCGUCUCGUGUUCAUCAGCUCGGACUCGUCUUCCGGUCGCGAGGAGGACGACGCCGACAGCAGUUGUUCCAGUUCCUCGUAUCUGAACGGACUGCCACGCGGCAGCAGUCACUCGCAGUCCCUGGAGGACUGCGACUGGGACUACUUCGAAAGUGGGACUCUGCCGCUGCCUCCUGGUGCGCCCAUCACCGUCGCGACGAACAACGUUGGCACGGACACUAAUAGUCAGGACUGGAGCUGCUGCCCUGGACGGGGGACUACUGCCUGCCUGGCCUGCGGAGGAUCCCGAAGCACGAACGUACUGCCCGUGCCCGUACCCAUCCCGGUGCCCGUGCCCUACCCGGUGCCGGUGCCAGCGUCCCUGUGGACGGGCGACUUCGCUGCAGCCGCGUCCUCCAUGAUAAGUCGCAGCGAGGAUGCGCACGCCGAGCCGGGCACCCUGAGGUUGAGAGGUGACCCUGCAGCGCCGUGGUUCGCCUGGCACCCCCGCUUCAACCAGCCGCUCCACGGGGCCAGAUUAGACCCGAGGUUGGCGAGUGCCUUCAACCCUACCACCUGCACCUUCAGGCCAGACCAGGUGCUGGCUUCGCGACUGUACGGGUCUACCAUCGAGACGUCUAUUCCCACGACGGAGGCUCUUCAGCAGCGGCUGAACGGUCUGCAGAUAAAUCAGAACGAGGACGAGGCUGGAGCGUCGAAAUCGGAGGAGGGUCUGCAGGAGGAGGAAUCGAAAUGUAGAGAACAGUGUUCCCUGAGGGGGACUGAGGAGAAGGUGGAGAAGAGCGAGGAGAACAAUGACGAGACGAAAAAAGAUGAGGACUGCCAAGAUUCCGUGAGCGUGUCCUUUGAGAGCAGGAGGGGGCAGAGGAUGUACCAACACGAGGACUCUGGCAGCUCCUCGGGGCGCUCUUCCGCAGACAGCAGCGACUUGGACGAUGACUCAUCUUCUCAUAGGUUCUCGAGGAUCUUUGUUGUCAACGAUGAUUCUCUGACGAGCGAUAAUGACAUAGAGGAUAACGGGGACGAGGACGACUCGGACUCGGCGGCCGAGAACGGCAUCACCUUGAAAAGGGUGACCGCUCUUCCGGACGAGGAGCCAGUGGUGUUGCAGUAUGUUCGGUUUUUGAGUGAGGAUUCAAAUUUUGAAAGUGGCAGUGGUGAUCGUGUGGACAGAGGUGCGGACAGUGUUUCGGGAGGGCGGGAGGAAAACGCGAACGGUAACGAGAAGCGGAAGGUUCGUGCCAAGAGGAGCAACAUGGAGAGGAGCAACGAUAAGAGGAUCACCGUUUCGUUACAGCAUCGUGAAAUGCCCGAGGAAAUGUAUAUCGCGAGUGAUAACGAUUAUUCGGAGAAUCAAAUCGAACUGAAAUCCAUUAAGACUUUAGAUCCCGAUAGCAUCGAGCCGGUGAGCAUGAAUAACACUGGCAACGACUCAAGAAAUGACAAUUCGAAAUCCGAAGAAUCCAAAGUGACGGAUUUGGACGGUCAGAAUCAUUUCUUCCUGACCGACUGCUGGGAUUCGAACAUAAUCCCCGAUUCCUUGGAAAUCUCCUGUCAAAAAUUGUUGGACGGCAGCCGUUUAUCUCCCGACAACCUCCUGGAGGCAACGAACUUUCGAGUCUCGACUCCACUGACGUCCGACGAUCGCAUGAACGGCAACGCCUGUUGCGAAACUGGCGCCGAUAACGCGGCACCGUUAUCGCAGAUAAUGACCAACGAAAUCGUAGAUCGCGCCGAUAACGCCGAGCACGACACAAUAGCCAGCGAUUUGAAUUCGAACCUAGCGGCGAGCGCGUCUUCAGGGUCCGAGAGUUUCACGAGCAACGAGACGAACGCAACGGGCAGCGAGGUGAGCAGCGACGAACUCCACGAGUACGAGGUAACACCAGCCAUCGUCUCUCCGUACGAGCGCGAGGAGUUCUCGUUUCCGGCGACGAACGGACCAGCCACGAAGAGUUUCAAGGACACCGAUUACCGCGAGGAAUCCGCGCCGAGCCGCGGCAAAUGGAACGCACAGUACGAGGGGGCAGACGUUGAGCAAUCGUCGGACGAUUCAAACAACGGAGGUGUCGUAAGCGUGCGUACCGCGGUCGAUCCCAUGCCGAUUACCGCGGAGGAUGAUCAAUCGAACCCCACAGAUGGCGCGGUCGAGCCGGAGACUAACCACGGCGAGAUUGAGUCGGAAUCGGCGAGCUGCGACGUGGGCGACAUGAUAACCAGCAAGAUCCACGAGAUGUUCAAGAGCACAGGUAAAGCGGAGAGUGCGCAUGACUCCGGCACGGUGAGAGGCGAGAGUCCUACUUGCGGGCAGGUGGUAGGAGAGGCGCACGAUGGUGGUGGUGAAGGUAGCGGCAUCGACGCCGGUGGUGGAGGCGCGGAUGGAGGCUGCGCCGUAGAGGGGAUAGAAGGGGAACCGACUCGGUUGCGCUCAGUCGAGCGACGCCCGUCCACUGGAAAGGAGAAUGGAUUCCCUCCUGCCGCGUCGACCAAGGAUUCCAUCAGAGACGUCCUGCAGUUCGCGCCGACGGUCCACAAUAUCGGGAACAACAAGUAUAAGAGUCUCGUGAUGAUCACCCAGGAGGCAUCGUAUCAGCCAGUGAGCGUCAUCACGUCGGACACGACGACCUUGUUGCAGCCGGAUGAGGUGCACGCUGGUCAGGGACUGGCUGGGUACUUCCAGCUGGCGCUGGAACGGGCGGUGUCCGAGCAGCCGCAUCGGAAAAAUGGUCAGGGCCCUAGGAGGCCGCUGAUGGUCAAACGGUUGGCCGCUGUGACGACGAACCACUCGGAGGCGGAGGUGGACAGCGGCCUUAGUGUCGGUAGUGCGAGUGAAAGCGACGACGUGUCGGUGAAAAAUGCCGCGAAAAUAGCAGGUCGUCCGAACGAUAACAACGAGGAUAGUGGCUCGAAGGAGCGCCAGGUGAACGAGCACCGCGAGGGCACUCGGGUGCGUGCCUUCUCGCAAUCUAGUGACGAGAAUUCGGGUAGUGGUGGGGUCGUGAUCUUGGAGGAAGGAUUGGCAGACGAUGAUUCAUGGGUUGAAGAGGUUUCGCACGACGAGGAUGAGGCUGGAGGCACCACAGCCACGGAGGAGAGCUCCGAGGAUGAGGCGAAUAACCUUGGCGACCGCGAAGAGGAGCUCAGAGGAUAUCACAGGCAGGCUAUCGACUUCACCCUGCACACCAUCGUCGAGGAGUCCUGCGAGGAGAGCGAAGCGGAGCCCAGUUUGGCCACGGGUAGCCCGUCCAAGAAGCAGAGACCACCUUCAGCGUCCGAACUCGAGAAGUAUUUCUUCUUCGGCCUUGGGGGAGAUGGCAACAACUCCAGCAUGGGUUCGAGAGAAGUGGACAGCUUGUCGGAAACGUCGUCAAUUUACUCGGAAGGACUGGAAUCGCUAGGUCAGGAUGAACCCUCCGGUACCGGACAGAGUCAGGAAAGAUCAAACUCUGGAGAAGGGUUCCUAAACUCUUCCAGAUUGGAGAAGUACUUCUUGUCCGAGUUCCUGGGAUUCGAUCAGGACAGACGGGACUCUGAUGGGUCCGUCGGCAGCGACUCAGAAGGCAGGCCCAGCCCUGAGGCCCAACGGAGGAAGAAGCUGGUCCGCGCCAGAGGCACCGGUAGAUCACACAGCUCUUCUUUGGACAACCUGCUGGCUCUCACGCAAAGCUCUCAGAACUUGAGCUCGCAGAAUUCUCUUCAGGAUCUAAGUUUGAACCAGGACUCGCAGGAGACUCAGUCAGAAGGUUCGUCUACUGAGACGGACGGUGCAGACGAUCAGACAGCUGCAUUUGGGACGGACGGACAAUUUGAUACCGUGAAACGAAAGAAGAAGAAGCCGAGGAACCUGGGAACGCAGAGUCCACGUGUUCCUGAUGACAGAAACAAGACCCCAGAACCGAACAGAGAGAUGGUCCUCGUUGGGGAAGUGGUGAUGGAGAACGAAGCUGAAGCGUUGAAUUCCGAGGACUCUGAGAGGGCGAAGACUCCGCAGCCCGAGUCUGUGUUGUCCUCUUCGCCAUCAAUGACCGCAAGCAACUUAUCAUCGUCGACUUUGUUAGCUGAUUCCUCAAGAAGCAUUCAGAUGAGCUCAGGCGAGUCGAUGUCCUACAAUCAAAAGUCUAAGCAGCAAUCAAGGGACUCUGGUUUCGUGGGCAGCUGCGAUGAUCUCCUGCAACAUCAGAAGCUACCUGACGACGUUCAAUCCAACCCAGAAGUCAACCAGGACAGCACGAAGGAUCGUUCUACCAACGAGAACAAUAAAAACGUCCAGGAUGUGAACCAGAUCACUAACGGAGUCGCUGGGGUUGAAAAAAGUAACGUGACCAAGAUGGAUCACACCUUGAACCAUACCACGUUGCCUCACCUGCCGAACGCUUCCCUCUCGAGGAAGGACAGCUUCAACAACUGGUCCAGCGACGAGGAGACGAACCUGAUGAUGUCGAAGAUGAGACAGUUCUUCAAGACCAUGGUCGCCAAUUCGAACGGGCAGAACCAGAACGCCAACCCGAAUUCGAGUGGUGCCUCGCCUGCACCCAGUCCUCGAUUACCUGGCUACACCUCCAAAGCCAGACUAUGUUCACAGAACCGCACGAAACCGCCUCAACUGGUAUAUUUCGAGAACGAGCUGACCAGGUUGAUGAAGACGGUGCCAGGAAUAAGGGACGAACAGGUUCGGGAGAUCGUCGAGUACCUCAGCUCGGAGGACACGUGGUCAGACUCGUACGACAGCUCGGACUACACCAGUUCGGAUUUGGAGGGAGCAGCCGGAGGUCGGCGAUCUGCUCUUCAGGAACAGAUAUCCCAGAGCUGCCAACAGAUAAUCAGCAAAUUCGACACCACGUCGGGUGACAAUCUACUGGACAAGGAGAAGGAGGACAAGACUGGCCCCACUGCCGUCCAGGCUCCCUGCCUGGGCAGGGACACUGCUUUCGUCUACCAGAAGCUGGUCCAGAGUUUCACCAAGAUGGCCGGCGACGGAGUGAGCUCCGACGCUAACUCUACACCUCACAGCAGCCCACCGUUGAUCGCCAAGGUGAUGCACCACAUCGGCAGCCGGCUGGUAGCCUUAAUGCACGAGGUCUCAGAAGGUGGACCCGCCGUUCAGCCUCACUCCACGAGCUGGAGACGAUACUCCCAGCAUCACAGGACACCUUCUUCGGCCUCCACCACCGAGGACGACGACUCCACCUCGGAUUCCACCAACGCUCCUUCGUCGACGCAUCUGCAGCUGCCUAGGUCCAAAUCGCACGACCCUCUUCUGUUGAUCAACACCCAUCCAGCGGCUUCCACCGGCCAGGAAGGCGAAGAACGGGAAGCCAGUGACUACGAAAGGUUCUCCUGGCGAGGAAGCUUCGAGUCUGCCCUCAUGGCGGCGGACUCCAGGACGAAACUCAGCCUGCUGGCGUGCUCCGGGGAUAGUGUCGGUGCUAGUGCUAGUGCCAGCGCUUUGGCGAUGGCCGCCAAGCGCCGCAGUGCCGGGGAUCUGUUGUUCAAUCCAAAGAGUUUCUCCAGGGAACAGUUGGAUAGGGUUAGAAGUUGUGGGUCUAUCGGUGGCGGGAGUGGAGGGGGUGGAGGAUCGGUCGAGGAGAGGAUUUGGACCAACAGAAGAAGAUCAUCCGUUCCCGACGCCAACACCAGGGGAGAGUCUGGCGCAUCUGCAGGUGACGACGACACGGAGGACGAACUCGAGUACAAUGGCGAGUCGCGGGCGACUACUCUGCCCCGCGGAAUGCAGUCCGCCAUCACGGCGGCUACCAAUUCGCUACCACGCUUGCCAGCUUCUACCGCACCCGCUGGCUUAACCACCACGUCCACCACGCCUUCCUUGACGAUGCACAAAGCGCACAGCGUGUAUCAUUUUCUGCCGCAACAUUCCGGUGUCAAAUCAGCCAGGUACAGACCACCUGGCUUUGCGAGGAACAGCAACGUGGCUGGCGCUAUUGGUGGACCCAAACGUGCGGUCAGCGCACCCGGUCUUCAAGUUUCGGGAUCACAGCCGUCCGCUGGGAAGAGGGACAACUCCAGGUCCAGGAGGCAGCAGGCUAUGUCUCUUACACCCGAUGACGGAAGCAGCUUGUCGGAGGCGUGCAGCACGCCGAUCAUCGGCGCCGGAUCGCGGGCGGGAUCUAGUCACACGGUGAUCGAUGUGGACGACAUGGAUUCCGGGCUGCACUCUGGUCAUCUCGCAACCCGUGCAUCGUUGUCGAGUCUUGGAGCAAGAUCAGAUUCAAUGGCGUCGGUGUACAGCGGCGCCGGCGAGGGGCGUUGUUGUCGCUCCGUGGUGGUGACCGGCGAAGUCGAGUUCGCUCUACAGUACGACUACAAGCACCUAACAUUCGAGGUGCAUGUAACGAAAUGCAAGAAUCUAGCGCCCGUUGACGUAAAGCGCAAACGAUCCGAUCCAUACGUGAAGGUGUAUCUACUGCCCGACAAAUCGAAGAGCGGCAAACGAAAAACGAAGGUGAAGAAACACACGUUGAACCCGGAAUUUAACGAGACACUGAAGUUUCACAUGAGUCUCAGCGGUCUGGAGACCAGAACACUGUGGCUGACCGUCUGGCACUCAGACAUGUUUGGACGCAACGAUUUCCUCGGCGAGGUCCGAAUGCCCUUGGAGAACAAGAUCUUCGACGAUCCUACGCCGAAGUGGUACCCGCUUCAGGAAAGAACGGAACCGUUUGAUGACCCCGUCGCAUACAAAGGCGAGGUGAUCGUCGGUUUAAAAUUCGUGCCACCAGAUCCUACGCAACAGGAACGCGAUCGAGAAACCGGAUCAGACCGUGGUAUAUCUAAAUCGAAAAAGAACUGGAGUCGCGGUGCAUUGCACGUGCUCGUUAAGGAGGCUAGAAAUUUGCAAACCAGGGCGAAGAAUUCGGGAACGUGCGAUCCGUUCUGUAAAAGUUACUUACUGCCUGACAAGGGUCGUUCAGGAAAACAAAAGACUGGAGUGGUUCGCAGAUCUGGUGGUUCGCCAGUAUGGGGUCACACGUUUAUUUAUAAAGAUGUUAGCCUGCAGGAACUAGCCGAACGCGGACUGGAAUUAACAGUCUGGGACCACGAUCGCAUCGCUAGCAACGAAUUUUUGGGCGGUGUACGAUUUAAUCUUGGCACAGGGAAACAUUACGGCAAACCAGUGGACUGGAUGGACGCGACCGGUCGCGAGCUCUCACUGUGGCAAAGCAUGCUAGAAAGACCUAACUUCUGGGUCGAGGGUGCCGUGACCUUGAGGCCGAAUCUGCAUAAUCACGGGAAGAACGGCAACUCUUAAUCGUCUUGAUUUGUUUCGGUCUCGAAGGACACAUUCGUUCGCGACCUUGAGGGUCACCGUUUUUAACGAAGCUUGAAACGCUUCGGUCCUAGUGUAACCUGAAAAUUAAUGUACAUAAGUGGCUGUUGAAGUGUGCCACGUGACUUUCGAAGUGAAGAAAAUCAGUGCCUUUAGACGAUUCUUUUAGACGGCACGAUCGAAAUUUUCGUCAAGCCUCUCGAUACCAGAGGUGGUCCAUGCUCGAAAGUUCCAAAUACUUAUAUUUCAUUCAAUCAUCGUUCAAAUUCUUUACGGAGUUAUUCUUCUAUCUAGUUGGUAUCCAUUUUUGAACGAAGGUCCUAAUUAGAUCUAGGUCAACGGAACAACGAUUUACGAAAUUCGUGCAAUAUCGCGUGCAAGGAACGCGAACUUGUUGUGGAUUGUUAAUUGUCUAGGGGAAUCCGUUUGGGGAAGGCGCGUGAGAGUUGGACCAGGUCUGCUCAUUGAAGCCUUUUACAUUUUUCAAAUUUUAUAGUUCAAAUUUACAAAUCCUCAAAUACUUAAAUCUACAAAUUCUUCGAGCUUUAAAACUUGUCCUAAGCUUCUAAAUCGUCAGCUCUGAAGUCCUCAAAUAUCCAAAUCCCCAAAUCCCUAAAUCUCCAACUAUUUAACUGUCCAUACUCCCGAGUCCUCGAGUCUCCAAAUCCCCAAAUCCCUAAAUCUCCAACUAUCUAGCUCUCCAUACUCCCAAGUCCUCGAGUCUCCAAAUCCCCAAAUCCCCAAACCUCCAACUAUCCAGCUCCCCAUACUCCCAAGUGCCCAAAUUUCUAAAUGAAGGAAUUAGAGACUGAAUGACCCACGGUUUCCAUAACGUAACGUCCAGGUAUAAGGUUAUGUUUGAACAGGCCUGAGUCGAAAUUUGUCAUGGGCGUCCAAACGUAUCCAGGUGGCUAUCUGCCGUGCGAGCAUUCUUCGUGGCCAAGUACAUUAUAGGAGGAGAAAAAUGUUAGCUGGCCCCGUUCCAAGAGUCUUAAUUAACCCGGGAAGUUAGCGCAAUUGUAGAAGUGCUUUGGAACGCGGCUGGCAUGUGGACACUUUCCUUUCUUCGAGAGAAAGAUGCUUCCAGUGUGUACAAUACUUGAAACGAUUUCUCCCGUUGAGCAUUGCCAAACAAGGAUGGAACGGUGUAUUUAAGGAAUUAAAUAUAACCGGCUUCCAGUACAUAGAAAUAUAUUCAUAUAAAUAUUAUAUUUAUACAUUUACGUAGGAUACGGUAGGCCACGGGGCUUUGGAUCAAUUGUUAUCAGCGGGAGUGUUAGUAUUCGCCGAUUAGAAACUUCGUAGGUCCAGCAUGGAAGGAAUUGAAAGGCUGGUGUACUUGUACUUAACUAAUUAUACAAUGGCGAGUCUCCGGUUAGUGUAUGUAGACAGUUAUAGUAAUAGCGUUGUAUAGUCGGUCAAAACAGUGUAUCAGAUUAAUCAGAUAUUUCUACAGAGGUUCAAAACCUCAAGUUGUUCGCGGACUCAUUGUAUGAGAGUUAAUAUGUUGUUUUCACUGACUAUACCUGUACAUACUGCUGGUGGAAAUGAUGUGGUGCAGCCAUGAAUUAAGCAAUAGCAGGAAUUGACGCAAUAGCUGAAGUCUUGAUAUGAUAGCAAGGUUGAACCUUACGUAUAUCUGAAUAAUGUUCAUCUAAUUUUAAGAGUGUCAUGUUUCUAAUAGCUAUAAAUUUAUGGUACAUAAUAUUGCAGACAUAAGACUAUUUUCUUCAGGAUCAAACUAACAUAUGACAUUCUUAUUCAGAAAUAACGUAAAGUAACCUUGCACCUUAAGAGGUCAAAGCUCCCACUAUUUUUCACGAACGAGCUAGAAACAGAUGUCGACCUAGAAUAUUUAUAUUUUUAUAUUCCAACGUUUCAAUUUUGCGAUAGCACUAUACCAUUUCCACCGAGUAUACUUAUCCGUAAGACUCUUCCUAAAUACAGGGUUAACAAGUGAAACUACGAAAACUGCCUUCGACGUAAGUUCUUGUAAAGGUAAGCAACGUGUCGAGGAGCUGAUAGGGCAAUUUUUUUCUCGGAUUAAUCGAGUUCGUUGCAAAACCAUCAUUGUAUACGUUUAAGGACCAAUAAUAUUAAAUUAAUAAUAAAGUCAAUCGCAGGAGUAGCGUUGAAAUUCACGACACGCGUUUUAUCUGUUUCCGUCAUUUUGUGUCACGUGACACUCGAGGAAAUGGAGCCGAGCAAUUAUUUAUGUGUCACUCUUCAGUGUACGUGAUAAUAAAAAUUUUGUACGUUUA